AUGUGGCUACUAAGCACGAAUCGCGCAGAGCUCAGCUACUUUGAGGAGUAUUCUUCCAUCAUUGGAGGAUACGCGAUCCUAUCUCACACUUGGGGACACCUCGAGCAAUCAUUCCAGGACGUACGCGAUAUCCAGGCUCGUUGCAAGGCCACCGGCGAGAACCCGCGAGACCUCGUGUCGGCCAAGAUCCGCAACUGCUGCCUCGUGGCAGAGAACGACGGCUAUGCGUGGGUCUGGAUCGACACCUGCUGCAUCAACAAGGAGAGCAGUACCGAGCUCUCGGAGGCCAUCAACUCGAUGUUCACCUGGUAUCUCCACUCAGAAGUAUGCUACGCGUACCUCGAGGACGUUCGUGAGGACGACAACAUCCACGAGGAAGACUCGGAGUUCCGCAAGGCAAAAUGGCACACCCGCUGCUGGACCCUCCAAGAGCUUCUUGCCCCGUACCUUGUCGUCUUCUUGUCCAAAGGCUGGAAACGCCUAGGGACCAAGGAAGGCCUAGCGACGCUGUUAGAAGACAUCACCGACAUUGCGGCAAAUUACCUAACGCGAGACCAUUCCCUCGUCAAGGCUUCCGUUGCGGAACGGUUAGCGUGGUCGUCGAACCGUAAAUCGACGCGCGUGGAAGACGAAGCGUACUCUCUACUCGGUCUUUUUGGAAUCAGCAUGCCCACCCUUUACGGUGAGGGACGCCGGUCAUUCCUCCGCCUUCAGCAAGAGAUCGCGAGGCAGUCGCUGGAUACCACUAUCUUUGCCUGGGGGGCCAUCUAUGAGACCGGCUCCGACAACCUCGAGCCCGUGUCACUCAAAGAUAUGCACGACUACUUCCAUGGUCCAAUCUACGACGAACGGUUUGCGUUUGCGACGUCAACCAACAACUUUGACGGGGACGCCAUGUACUACACCCCCGAGAUAGGGGAUCCCAUCGAGAACUAUCUCCCUACAGAGGACGAGCCUGAAGACAGCGACCGCCGCGUGCACGGUCCGUUCGGUCGCCUGGAGCUCCCCUCCUUUGAGAUCACCAGCCACGGCAUGAAGUGCCGCUUCCCCGUCAUCGACUGCGGCGACUUCCUCAUCGCCGUCCUCCUCUGCGAGACCAACGACGACCACAUCGGCCUCUUCCUGCACCCCGCGCCCCGCAGCGAGACCCAGGACCCGACGCGCCGGGUGUACUACACCGGCUACGCGUUCAGCAAGGCCGGGAGGCAGCCAAUAUCCGCCGACAUCUCCCGCCUCGUCGCGCUCGGCCGCGACCUGUCCAACCUCCGCUUCCGCGGGGAGACGUACCAGGCCGAGUGGCGCGACCUCUACAUCCACACGAGCCCGCGCGACGGCGAGGCGGCGGAGCCUGCCCGGCGCGUGGUCUCGUUCGCGCCCGACACGCUCGCGGGCACGCCGUUCCGCAUCCCGCGCUGGCUGCUCGGUGCGCUCGCCGCGGUGCGCAUCCCGCUGUACGACUGGGACGACUGCACGCCAGAGGACUCGGACAGCGAGUCCGAGACAGAAAGCGACGACGACGACGACGACGACGAGCCAGACGAGGGCGAAGACGGCGACGGUGGUGGUGUCGACGUUGACGACGCGGCCGCACUCCCGCGCGCCUGGGUUGAGUUCGGCGACCCGGUCACCUGCGAGGGCAUCCGCCUGUGGCUCGCGAUGGCGCGCCCCGAGGGCGCGGGGCCCGACGCGCCCGCGGAGCACUACGCGUGGGCGGAGCCGGAGAACAUGGACAACUGGACGGGCGGGGCCGAGUAUUGGUCGGAGCGCGAGCCGCAGGCGGAGGACCGCGUCGCUGGCUGGGAGGGCAUGGCGCGCGACUUUGGGGACGAGGAGAGAACGGUGCGGUUGUCGUUCGCACCGUGCGUGUUCGACCCGGAGACGGCGCUCGUGCUGCACAUCGAGCUGCGCGGGACGGUGUACGAGCAGAUGCAGCGCGAGGCAGGCUUGGUCAUCCCGCCGCGGCGGAAAGCACUGAAUCCAAGUGCUGAGGAUGCUAUCGGGAUGGUGCGGACGGCUUUUGUUGCUGUCUCUACCGUUGCCGUCUGCCGGAUGCUCGGUUUGUAA